CACUCUCAGACGAAAUGGCCGCUGUCGCUGUCGCAGGAGGGAGCCCAGCCGGCCUUCCGCUCAUCCGCGCCAUCUUCUUUGCCGAGUUUCACUUCAUCACUGGACCCAAGAUCACCUACCAAGUGCCGGAAGGGUUUAUCGGGCAGGACGUCUUUGACGCGAUUCACGAGUACAUUAUCACCAAGCCACAGCUCUGCGACAAGCUGAUCUCAAUAAACGCUGCCGGAUUUACAUUCGUUGGACAUCCCGUCGCCAUUGAAAAUAAAAAGUACGAGCGAAACGCGCUCCUGUUCAACCUGGGCUUUGUCUUUGAUGCCGGCGUCGAGAUCAAGGCGUUCGAGCCGACCAUUCGCAAGAUUGCGCACUAUUUGUACUCGAUGGAGAUUGAAAGCGAGUUCAUCUACAAGCCCGAGAGCAAGAGUCGGAUUGCCACCAUCAUUCAGCAAAUGUACAUUGAGUUGAAUGCCGACAGAUAUUCUGUCAUUCCUGUUGACGAUGCCAACACAUUCCAUCUGAAAGUCGUUCCACUACUUCCCGACCCAGCAGAUGUGCCAGAUCAUAAAGUACCCAUUUUCAUCGCAGAACGCCGCCGCUUUGCCUCCGAGGCGUGGGACUUGACCAUGCAACAAAUCCUUCCGCACAUUGACGGAAUCAACCAUGUUAAGCGCAUCGCCGUGCUCUGUGACGUAGACAUUGAGCUUGUCCGGCAGUGUCUUCAGCAUUUGUUAUACUACGGAAUUAUUAUCUUGAUUGACAUUUUUCAGUACGGAAACCGGUACUCUGUCACGUCACUCGUAUCCAAGCUGGCCUCGAGUGCGCUGUUGCAGCACCAAUGCGCCAGCUUUAUCAUGCAAUGCGGAGCGGUUCCGCCAAACUUUCCAAUCAUCUUCUCGUUGUACUGCAAGCUAUCGGCCGAUUUGCAGUACAAGGAUUUCUGCAUGGACUACAAUCUGAAUAGCUUCCAUAUUGACGAAAGGCGUUUCAUCCAGUUUGGACUGAUUCACCAGUUCAUCCAUACGCUGCACGAGUACCCAGUGCGCACUGAGCCAACGCGAGAAAUGGACGAGAGCAUGCCAACCGUUCCUGCAUCCAUUCUCAAAUACCUGGACGGCAAGCGGAAUAUGGACGAGAUUUGCUGUGCGCUUGGGCGGAGUCGUCGUGAAGUGGAAGAUGCGAUUUCGGACGAUCCAUUUACGCUGGUCAUUCCAAAGUGACCAAUGGAACAACGAAAUCUUGACACAGCGAGUCCGAUCUCUUUUUGUAUUGCAUACACACAGUUUAAUCACAGUUUCAGUCUUGAU